AUGAAGAUGCUGCUCAACUGGAUCAUGUCAAUCAUGGUAGAAGCUCUACAGGGUGGCCAGUCGGGGCCAGUAGAAAAAGAGCAUCAUGGGAGCAUGGGGGACAGGGUGAGGGAGAGGAGGGCGGCAGGAGGAGACUCCUACUGGGCUUAUUCAGGGACCCACGGGACUGGGGGCUGGGCCUCCUCCUACCCUGAGUGUGUGGAGAGGAACCAAUCACCAGUGGAUAUUUCAGACGAGGAUGCCCAGGUGUCUCAGGAGUACCAGGAGCUGACCCUCAAUGGGUUCAACGCUGAGUCGUCCAACAAGACCUCCAUGAAGAACACAGGGAAGACAGUGGCCGUGCUGCUGAAGGAUGACUACUUUGUACGGGGGGCAGGACUGCCUGGACGCUUCAAGGCGGAGAAGAUUGAGUUCCAUUGGGGUCAGAGUAACGGAUCAGCAGGGUCAGAACACAGCAUCAACGACAGGAAGUUCCCUGUGGAGAUGCAGAUCUACCUGUACAACUCUGAUGACUUUGACAGUCUCAGUGCGGCCAUCAAGGAGAAACGCAUGAUUGCUGCGCUGGCUGUGUUCUUUGAGGUGGGGCGGAGAGACAAUCCAGCCGUAGAGCCCAUCAUCCAGGGACUGAAACGGGUUGUACACCACGAGAAGGAGACAUUCCUGAGUCCAUUUAUCCUGAGGGAUCUGCUACCAUCAUUAUUGGGGAGUUACUACCGCUACACAGGCUCUCUCACCAGCCCGCCCUGCAGCAAGGUGGUUGAGUGGAUCGUCUUCUCCAGGCCCGUCUUACUCUCCCACUCACAGCUGGAGGCAUUCUACUCCAUCUUCACCACGGAGCAGCAGGACCAUGUGAAGUCAGUAGAGUACCUGAGAAACAACUACAGACCCCUCCAGGACCUGGACAACAGAGAGGUGUUGAAGUCUGCUGUUAAAGACGCCUGGCAGAGGGACGUGACUGACAGCCUGGGACUAGGUACAGACGGCAUCACAGACGCAUCCAGAGUCUGCAGCAGUGCCCCGGUCAACAUGAAGAUCCAGCCACUGAACGGCACUGCCCUGGUGGUGAGCUGGCAGCGCCCGCUAGUGGUCUACCACCCACCUAUCACCAGCUUCAUGGUCUCCUACAGCUGGAUGAAGAGUGACGUGGCCUACGAGAAGACUGGGGACCAGAACAUGGAAAUCUUUACCAGGGCAGUGAUAACCCACGUGUCUCCAGACAUCCUGUAUCUGUUCAGAGUCCAGGCAGUGUGCCAUAGAGACCUACGCAGUGACUUCAGCCAGACACUGCUCUUCAGCGCUAACACCACCAGGAUAUUUGAGGGAACACGGAUAGUGAAAACUGGAAUGCCCACCGUCUCCCCAGCCUCCUCGGCGGACAUGGCUCCUAUCAGCUCCGGCUCCUCCACCUGGACCUCCUCUGGCCUCCCCUUCUCCUUUGUCUCCAUGGCUACGGGGGGUAUCGGCCCAUCCUCCAGCGGCAGUCAGGCCACGGUGGCAUCGGUGGUGACCAGCACACUGCUGGCCGGCCUGGGCUUCAGCGGAGGGGUCAUCUCUUCCCUGCCUGGCUCUCUCUGGCCCACCCAGGCCCCUACAGCCAGCCCUGGGUCUAAUCCUGGCCCGGGUCCCAUUCCCAGCCGCCAGCCUGCCCAGUCCCAGGCCUCCACUGAGCUCCCUACAGCCCGUCAGGGUGGUUCUGACACGGACACCCCCACAGCGGAGGAGGAGGCAGGGGUGGACAGGGAGGCCGAGGGGGAGGAGGGAGAGAGAGAGAAGGAUAGAGGGGAAGACGACAGGAGGAAGAAGAAUAACAAGACAGCGCCUGAUGAGGUGGAGACAAAGAUGAACAGCACCGUGGUCAAAGUGCCCUACUCCUAUGUCCCUACCCCCACAGCCAAAGAGAAAGGACAGCGGCAGGGAGAGCCUGUGGCUAACAGCACCACUGUGCCUCCCAGUGUAGGGGAGGACCAACUUUUCAGAGUGGACAGUAGCUCAGGGCCCACGGUGCAGCCAAAGAAGGACACAGCAGAGAGAGAGAUGCAGAUUCCCCAGAGCCCAACACACUCCCCAAAGACUGGUGGGGAGAAGAGCCUUUGGCCUUUCUCUGUUCACACUGACAGAACUAGUGUGUCCAACAUGACCCGCAGCUCUCACCCUGGGGUGGGCAGGAUGGAGUGGAUCGUCCCUCUGGUGGUGGUCUCAGCCCUCACCCUGCUCUGCCUCGUCAUGCUACUGGCUGUCCUGGUCUACUGGAGAUGGGGUUCCCCCUCCCCCGGUGUAAGGGAGGUGUUGAACGGCUAG